AUGGCUGAAACACGCCGUGGUUACAUAUUUGGUGCAUUCCUGUCAGGAGUUUUGUGUGUUCUAUUAAUUAUUGUGGCCAUCGCCAGCGAAGGAUGGGUGGUGUCAACCGCAAGUACGACCGACCAGUUCAAAGACAGUACCGUACAAUACGGUCUGUUCCAAGGGGAGUUGGUUCUGAAUCUGCUUGUGACACCUUCACACAACAAGCUCUAUAUGACUUGUGUAUCUGACGUGAACGCGUGCGCAGUUAGUUGCAAGACUGAGGCUCAAGCAAGAGAAGAAGAAGUACGCGCUCUUUCCAAAGGCUACAGACCGAACCAGGCAUGCGUGUCUGUAACCACUGUCGAUACAAGCAAUCCACUUGAGACCCCACCAGUAAUAGCGUACAGUUUGUACAUAAGUCUGGUCACGUUGUUGAUUGUGCAUGUAGCCGUGGCCUCAUGCGCGGCGGGACUCGCUAUUCUCAAUGCGACCAAGAAUCCUACUGAACCUAUAUUUGGGUUGCCAGGAUGUUUAUGGACCAACGUGGCAGCGGCAGUCGUCGGUGUGACGUUCCUACUGUUCUUUGGCGUAUACUGGGCUGUGUCUGGUUGGAAUGACCACCUUGCCUUCUCUUAUACAGCCCUAGGCUUAUUGAGGCCCUCACCACACCUUGGGUUUUCAUAUUGGCUGUUACUCGUAUCGUGCCUCUGCUCUCUGGUAAAUAUAGCCCUUCUCUGGACGCGCAGCUACUUACUUGAACGAGAUCCACCACCACCUACCAUUAAGCUUGAGAAUCAUUCAGAUGGUACCGUCUUCCUUUAUUGA